AUGAUCAGCGCAACGAGGCGCUGGCUGCGACAGCAUCGCAAAGGCCUUGCCAUCGGAGCAGGUGUUGUGGGCAUUGGGUAUUUGGCCACGCAAUAUGUCUUUUCUAAGAUCUCAGAAGCAAGCGAACGGAUGAGCAGUGAGAGGAUAGCCCGAGAGAAUCUCCGACGCCGAUUCGAACAGAAUCAAAGUGAUUGCACCUUUACCGUUCUCGCCCUUCUUCCAACGGCUACAGAAAAUAUCCUUGCAGCUCUCCCUAUCGAGGAGUUAACUAACGAGCUUCAACAAAAGCGAGCGGCCAGACUGGCCAAGCUUACUGCGAGCGAGAUGCAAGGGUCAGAAAUGAGCUCUGGACCACCUAGUAUGACAGAAGACGAUGUUUCUAGCUUAAGAAGCGACAACUACGUGCAUGCAAGUCAAGUGGUUGACUCUACAACGGGGGAGCAAGCGCAAAGGGCAAAGUCGCGGACACAGCUGUGGAACGAUUUGAAGAUCAAUUCCCUCACACGAUCGUUUACGCUCUUAUACACACUCUCGCUCCUCACCCUCCUAACGCGUAUUCAGCUGAAUCUUCUUGGUCGGCGAAAUUAUCUUUCGAGCGUUGUGGCACUGGCAUCGCCUCCGCAAAAUCCGUCUACAAUCAGCCUUGAAGACGAUGAUAAUCCCGAGCAUUCAUUUGGAAAUGACUUUGAAACCAAUAGGCGGUACCUAACCUUCAGUUGGUGGCUAUUGCACCGGGGAUGGAAAGACUUAAUGGCCGAAGUCGAGGCCGCAGUCAAAGAUGUCUUCGGAGAGGUGAAUCCGAGAGAGGAUAUAACCCAUGAAAAGCUCUCAGAGUUAACGCUUGCCGUCCGGAAAAAGGUUGAAGGAGCUACAAGUGGGGAGAGACGAGUGCGGAAGUGGCUCCCCUAUCUGUUACCUCCCCGGGAACAAGAAGACUUUGUCCUUCAGGAGUCGGGUGUCCUCUCUGCCACGGAGGCAAGUCCCCAGAGCGCUGCAACCCUCAGGCAUCUGUUGGAUGAAACGUCCGAUCUUAUCGAUUCGCCGUCAUUCACCCAUGUUUUCUCUCUCUUGAACAACGAAGCUUUCUCCCAUCUAAUUGACACCAAAUGUGCAACGGAAGCUUUUAAGGGGCUGUCCCAGGCACAGAAGAAAGAGCAGUCUCCACCGUUCUCCUCCACAGCGACUAUGGUACCCGUCGCGGAGCCCUCAGCACCAAAAACGAAGCUUGCUUCCAUAUUAGCGGUGAUUUCCCGCCAGUCUCAUGUGAUAGGAAAUGGUACCAAUCCGCCCAAUGAGUAUUUAUCGAUCAUGGAGCGAGAAGUCCGCGAGUUGGAAGCCUUUGCGGCGGUCAUAUAUAGCAGCAAUUUUGACUUGAACCCGUCGAUGUCCAUGCUCGGCACCAAGAUAGGGCCUGAAGGUCCAUCUACAGCUGUGGAGGAUGCACCUGGCGGCGAAGCCAGCAUAAUCGAGCUUCCAAUACCUUCGGCGGAAACUGCCAGUGUUGCCAAUGCGGAGCCAAAUGAAGCCGGGCAAGAUUUUGGGUUUGAAAAGGCGUGGGGUAAAGCUGUUGAGCAGUCUUGAGCGGGCUGUAUGGAAUCUUAGAUUUACUCAAUGAGUUCACGAUAUAUAUGUAUAUACCUUGCAAUAAG